GGGAGGUUUGGCUCGUUGGUGGCUGUCCGGGCUCGAGCUGCUGCCGGUCCGGCAUGGCUGCAGGAGCCGACCCGGCUUGGGGCCGGAUGUUCUGGUGCCUCGGAGUGCUGAGGCUGGUAUCUGCCGCGGCCGCCACUUGGGACCUAAGCUCGCUGAGCUGCGGUUUCCGCGCCUUCUGCGAGUGCGACUUCCGACCCGACCUCCGGGGCCUAGAGUGUGAUUUAGCCCAGCACUUGGCUGGGCAGCAUCUGGUAAGACAACUGGUAAUGAAGGGGCUGAAGGCUUUUGUGGAGAAUCCUGCACCAGCCAAACCCUUAGUGAUGUCCUUCCACGGCUGGACUGGCACAGGCAAAUCCUAUGUCAGCUCCAUGCUGGUCCAGUACCUGUUCCGAAACGGGAUGGCCAGUCCCCACGUGCAUCACUUUUCUCCUGUCAUCCACUUUCCCCACGCAGACCAGAUAGAGCGAUACCAGAGUGACCUGAAGCAGUGGAUCUUGGGGAACCUCACAGCUUGUGGUCGUUCCCUCUUCCUCUUUGAUGAGGUGGAUAAGAUGCAUCCAGGACUGUUAGGGGUACUCCGUCCUUUCCUGGGACCUUCCUGGGUGGUCUAUGGUACCAACUACCGAAAAGCCAUCUUCAUCUUCCUCAGCAAUGCUGGUGGAGAACAAAUCAAUCAGGUGGCACUGGAUGCCUGGCGUGCCCGCAGAGACCGAGAGGAGCUCCAGCUUCGGGAUCUAGAACCCGCCAUCUCUAAGGCCAUCACAGACAACCCCCAUCAUGGUUUUUGGCAGUCAGGAAUUGUAGAAGACCAGCUCUUGGACUUGCUGGUUCCCUUCCUGCCCCUCCAGCGCCACCACGUCCGGCACUGUGUGACCAAUGAACUAGCCCAGCUGGGCCUGGCCCAGCAGCAGGAAGAGGAGGUGGCUCAGGCUGUGGUGGACGGGACUGCUUUCUUCCCUGAAGAGGAACAGCUUUUUUCUUCCAAUGGCUGCAAGACUGUUGCUUCUCGAAUCACCCUCUUCCUAUGAGUGAGCAGGGGCAACUCCUUUCCCACUGACUCACCCCCGCUCUUCAGAUCAUCAGGGGAGUCUGCCUGGGAGCUUUGGUCUAGACUUGCUGCUGGCAGAAUGACCUUUGCCCCAGGGCUUCUGGAAAGUGUAAACAGGGCUGGCCUGGUAGCCCAAGGAGCAGAGGAUUAAGGGCAGGCUGGCAGUUCUGAGUUCUGCCGCAUGGAGUAUCUUCCCCACUGUUAGUGGCAGAGGUGGGUGAAGAUUUGGAUUCUGGUCUUCAUUGCCUUUCUGCCCUCCCCAACCGGGCCCAAAGCUCCUAGCCAAAACACAACUUCAUCUGAGCCAAGUCCAAUUCCCUUUUCCCCAACCUAAUUCUGAGCCUUAUUUAAAUUGAUGCUGUGACAGUGACUCAGGGAUCACAUCUGUCAGUCAUCUUCCCUACCCUGAUUAGAGGCUUUGCAGUAUCCAUAUAUCCCCUUUGAGGCUCACCUUUUCCUCUCCAAUCUCCUGAAGAGAUCAACUUCCCCCACCUACACUCAAACCCCUUUCCACCUUCCCCCCUUCCAGUCUUCCUAGCUUCUCAUCCCAGCAGGCACAAAGAGAUAUUCUUGGGCUGCCUCAGUCCAGCAAACUUUGCUCUUUAACAGGACCUGCUUUAAAUGAUUUUAAUUACAAAAUUACAAAAUGAAAAUUUAAAAAAUUACAAAAUUACAAAAAAAUGAAGAAAAGAGGGGAAGAUACAAAAUAAAUUUAUUUAAGGGACCAAGGAAA